GCUACUACCACAGUUUACAGUUCCACUGAAGGGGGAGAAUUAACGCGUCAGUGUUCAAAACAAUAGUAGAAGUUCCGGCUGAGCGGCGACGCGUCCUCGUGAAAAUGUCUCAAAAUAAAGACGACCUCAAAAAGACCAUCUCCCUCCCCAUCUCCAGGGUGAGGCUGAUCAUGAAGAGCUCCCCGGAUGUUUCCAGCAUCAACCAGGACGCUCUGGUCCUCACCACCAAGGCCACAGAGCUGUUUGUGCAGCAUCUCGCUCUCUCUUCGUUCAACAACGGAUCCGGGAAGGAAACCAAGUCCUUGUCCUACAGCGACCUGGCUAACAACGCGGAGGAGACCGAGACUUUACACUUUCUCACAGAUAUCCUGCCUAAGAAGAUCUUGGCUCGAGAUUACCUCAGAUCUUUGGAGGAAAUGCAAGAUGAGGAUGCUGACUUUUAAACAAAGUACACUGACUGCAAUUCACAUCCAGAUGGAUCAGUUAUACAAGUCCUGCCUCUCACUGAAGUGACGGGCAGAAGAGACACCCUGAACUUUCUCAGUGCUUUUUAAUACAUUGACAGAGUUCAGCUGUCGGGCUUUGUUGGAAAAGUUAUAAGAUGUGGAACUGAAAGUAAAGCCACACAGCGCUGAAACAAACACAGUCAUAGAGGAAACUAGAAGCUGUACCGUAUGUCUAUGAUGAAAAAUGGAUGCCAGCAAGGUGAAUUUGUAUUACCGCCCUGAACAAGGCAGCCUUAGAUGAGUCUUAAUGCAACCACCCCUUAACUUAACUGCAGAGCUGAUUAUCUCCAUAGAGAGUACCGUUAAAAAUACUGCUAAUGAAAAAGUAUUGUUAAUGCUCAUUAGUGGUCCACUUAAACAGUAGAUCUGGAGCAAGAAAUUAUUUUUCAUGUGGCCUGUUAUCCUAAAAGACUUAUUUUAUAUAUAAUAUAACUAUGAGGAAUGGUAAGUUGACUUUUCCCACCCAUUUGCAGACCCCCUUCCAUAGAACAUAGUUAAUUCCACAUAAUUGUCUCAGCAGUUAUCAUUGCCUCUAAAAUAAUAAAAUAUAAACAAGUUAUUUUCGAGAUGCUGUCUAACACUGGUUUCCAAGUGAAAUGCACUGAUGUUAACAUUAUGCAUGAUACUAUCAUUUAAAAAAAUAUAUAUUUUCCUAACGCCCUUGAGUUGUGAUUCCAAUGGUCAUAAAUACCUCUAUUUUGUAGCUUCACUACAGAACAGCUGAACAUGCUGCGUCAUUCCAAAUGAAAAUUCUCCCUCAGCCUCACAUAUGGUGUGUAACAGGCAUUUCCUCCUUUACAAAAGUGGUGUUUAGAUUUGAUAAUAAAAUAAAGUUGAAUAAGUCUUA